GGCGGGCAGAGCCGGGCCGAGCUGCGUGCGGGGGGUGGCGGCCUCUGCAGGACACCCGGAGCCUCGGCAGCCGCCGCCGCGCAGCCGGCGGUGUCAGUGCCACGGUGUCCGCCGGGGAGCGAGAGGCAGCGCCGGCGCCCGCCCGCCCGAUCCCCGCGGCCAGGCCCCCGUAUGCAGCCCUCACCCUGGAGCGGCGGCGGCGGCGCAUCGAGGAGCUCUCGAGGUCCUCCCGGCAGCGGCUGCUGCAGUCGCGGGACAGGAUGUUCUCCAAGUUCACCUCCAUCCUGCAGCACGCCGUGGAGGCGCUCGCACCUUCCCUUCCAUUACAAGAAGAUUUUGUUUACCACUGGAAAGCAAUCACCCAUUACUACAUAGAGACCUCAGAUGACAAAGCUCCUGUGACUGAUACCAACAUUCCCUCUCACCUGGAACAGAUGUUGGAUAUUCUGGUUCAAGAAGAAAAUGAGAGGGAAUCGGGGGAAACAGGACCAUGUAUGGAAUAUUUGCUACAUCACAAGAUUUUGGAGACACUCUACACUCUAGGAAAAGCUGAUUGUCCUCCAGGAAUGAAACAGCAAGUUCUGGCUUUUUAUACAAAACUUCUUGGAAGAAUACGACAGCCUCUUCUUCCCCACAUAAAUGUGCAUAGGCCAGUGCAGAAAUUAAUCAGGCUGUGUGGUGAGGUUCUGGCAACACCAACAGAAAAUGAAGAAAUUCAGUUUCUCUGCAUAGUAUGUGCAAAGCUGAAACAGGAUCCGUACCUGGUCAACUUCUUCCUUGAGGUCAUUCAGGAUCCUGUUUUGCACCUUUGCAGGAGGCAGAAUAAGUUAAAAGCAAUGGCUCUCCAAGGAUCAGCAAGUGUAAUCACAGAAGACAUGAUAAAAGACCAAGAGUCGGUGACAACAGACACGGGGCAGCCUGGCCAGCCCGAGGAGACGCCCGGUGCUGCUGGGGCCGAGCACAUGGAGAAGGAGGAUGAGCUCCCACAGCAGGCAGACGAGCUCUCUUUCAGUCUGGAUGAACUCAAUGUCACACCUGAGUCCUCCACUGCUUGUCCAAAUCAAGACUACAAUUUAGUGAAUUCUCUGCUAAACCUCACUAAAAGUCCUGAUGGCCGGAUAGCAGUGAAGGCCUGUGAAGGUCUCAUGCUUUUGGUGAGUUUGCCAGAACCAGCAGCUGCCAAGUGCCUGACUCAAAGCACUUGUUUAUGUGAAUUGUUGACAGACAGGCUGGCCACCCUCUACAAAGCCUUGCCUCAGUCACUGGAUCCCUUAGACAUUGAAACAGUGGAGGCAAUUAACUGGGGCUUGGAUUCCUAUAGCCACAAAGAAGAUGCAUCUGCUUUUCCAGGGAAAAGAGCGUUGAUUUCGUUUCUUUCUUGGUUUGACUACUGUGAUCAACUCAUCAAAGAAGCACAAAAGACGACUGCUGUUGCUAUGGCAAAAGCUGUGCGGGAACGAUUCUUCAUUGAUGUUAUGGAACCUCAGCUGAUGCAAACUUCAGAGAUCGGAAUCCUCACAUCAACUGCACUGCUGCACCGCAUUGUUCGUCAGGUGACGUCGGACGUGCUGCUGCAGGAGCUGGUGUAUUUUAUACUUGGAGAGCACAGGGAGCCAGAAACCCUGGCAGACAUCAGCAGGCACCCCCUGCGACACCGGCUGAUCGAGCACUGUGACCAUAUUUCUGACGAGAUCAGCAUAAUGACUUUACGAAUGUUUGAGCACCUUUUGCAAAAACCCAAUGAGCACAUUCUUUAUAAUUUGGUUCUGAGAAAUUUGGAAGAAAGAAACUACAUGGAAUACAAGCCUCCCUGUCAAGAAGAUAAAGAUGUUGUAGAGAAUGGGCAGAUUGCUGGAGCAGUAGACCUGGAGGAAGAUCCAUUAUUUACUGAUCUGUCUCCAGAUAACACCUUGUCAGCUCAGGAGUGGCUCAGUGCUUCUCCACCUGUCAGUCCAGAACAUCCGAAAAAUGAUGGGAAGACUGAAGUUCACAAAAUUGUAAAUAGCUUUCUCUGUCUUGUACCUGAUGAAGCAAAGUCCUCAUACCAUGUGGAGGGUACAGGUUAUGAUACUUACCUCAGAGAUGCCCACAGACAAUUCCGGGAUUAUUGUGUCAUUUGCUUACGGUGGGAGUGGCCUGGAGCUCCCAGAUCUUUGGAAAAGUGCAAUUUAGAAGCGUCGUUUUUUGAAGGACACUUCUUGAAAGUCCUGUUUGAAAGAAUGGGCAGGAUUCUUGAUCAGCCCUAUGAUGUAAAUUUACAAGUUACGUCAGUGUUGUCCAAACUGUCCCUGUUUCCCCAUCCUCAUAUACACGAAUAUCUUUUGGAUCCUUACGUCAACCUCGCCUCUGGCUGCAAGUCUCUCUUCUCUGUGAUUGUCAGGGUCGUCGGGGACCUCAUGGUCAGAAUCCAGCGCAUCCCAGAUUUCACUCCCAAACUUCUGCUGGUCAGGAAGCGCCUGCUGGGCUUGGAGCCGGAGGGGCCCAUCAUUGACCACAUGACGUUACUAGAGGGCGUGAUCGUGCUGGAGGAGUUCUGCAAGGAGCUGGCGGCCAUCGCCUUUGUCAAGUACCACACCUCAGCCACGCCCUGAGCGCCCGCCCGGCCCGCAGACCCGGCGGUGCCUCCCGGGAAGGGCCAGGCGCGUUCGGACGAGCUCCUUUCUCCAGAUGGUGAGAUGGCAAAUGGACCUGGAAUAUGAGCGCAGGCAUCUGGGGACAAACCAAUACACAGCAUUUCUUGCCACUGUGUGAAGAGCUGCAAAAGCUGCAUGAGGAACCACAGACAGCAGACCUUGCUUGUUCUGAUGACAACGUUUAGACAGUUUGGGCUCUUGUCUGUCCUGGGGCUCACAUGCACCAAUUUGCUCUUUCUGACCAUAUUACUUUUAAAAAAACCAGAUUAAUUUUAUAACAUUUUUAUGUCUUAAUUCUUUUUCUUUUCAGUUGGAUAUAUGAAAGAAAAACACACCUCUAGUUGCAAUGUAUAUUAUUAAAAAUGAAGAAGUUCAAAAAGUCCACCAAUCCAUAUACAAUAGGAUAUGUUAAUGAGGGAUCAUUUUGCUUUUGGUAGAUCUUUAAUACAGCUCUGAGCUUGAUUCCUCAGUGGCUUACUCCGAGAAAUCUAUCAGUCUGAAAUCAAUACUAAAGAAAUGAAUCCUGAUUUGGCAUCACAUCCAUAACAAAUAUAUCUGAAGUGUGCAUGUCUGUAGCAUGUUUUCUCUGUCAUUCCAAGUGAUUGAUCUCCAGGUCAGCCAUGUAACUGGAUUUGCUUUAGCUUUUUACAUGGGAACUCUAGUUGUUUGACUCAUGUCACCUUUACAUUAUAGGUUAAUUGUAGGUCAUCAGUAGUUGUUGCUGAAACAGUAUUUUUAAUUUCUUUUAAGUUGGUAUUAGUCUGAAUUGGUUUAAGAAUCUUUUGUGCCUUGAUAAUUGGCAGCAUAAACGUUCUGUUAUUUUGAGAGACAUUUUUAUUGCUUAUCUAACCAUCACAGUGAUGCCAACUCAGUUAAAGCAUUGAUAACUUAUUUAGGACCAAACCUUGCACCUGCUUUUCACAGUGCUAGGACCUCUUUCCUCUCCUUUGAACAAGGCUCAGCUCCUUCUGUUUACAUUGUCCUUCCUCGUUUGUCUCUCCUGCCCCCUGUUUGCACAGUUAAUGCCCAUUUCAGAUGUCAUUGCUCAUAUGCAAACAUGGACUAAUUUAUUCAGAAUUCUUCUGGACAUGACUGUACCUAGAGUCACAUUCUGCUCUCUAUCCAUGCCUUUGAGGUCUUGUUUUUUAAUAUUUAUGGAAGCUGGGUGUUAAGAAGCCUUUUAAGUUAGCAGGUUAAUUAGAGCAGUGUCACAGUUAAUGGGCUAAAUUUAUUCUUGUCACCAGUGAAGAGCAUCCUGCUGUAAAAGCUUCCAGUACAGGUUCAGCUGCAGACAGCAGUUCUAAAACUGGGGAGACAUUUUGCCAGGUAAAACCUGUAUUCAGUGGCUCCCUGUAAUUUUUUUUUUUUGUAAAAAGUGUUGCAUUUCUUUUCUUUCUGUCAAACAAAAAACAUGUUUUACUUCUCCACCUGGUUUUUUUCUGCAUUUAGCUCCAAAGUGUUUUCAGGUACAAGUAGCGUAGUAGAACAAAAUUUGAAAUAAUUACACUUACUUCAUUUUUCUACUUCAGAAACAUACCUUGAAGGUAGCAAAUAAUUUUUAGUGACCUGCAUUGCAGACAGUCCACAUUAGGAACUUCCUUAAUACCUGACACAUAAUUUAGAACAUGUUGAUGUCUAUGCAGAGUGAUGCAUAAUACACACAUUUGUUAUUUAUAAGGUCCCAAUUCAGCAAAACAGUUAAAUAAGCCUAAUUUCAAGGUUUUUUUGCUUAAAUCACAAUCUUUUUUAUGAACAAAGUUAAGCAGUUGAGCAGAAAUGCUGAUGCUUUACUGAAUUUGAGUCUUUGUUGGUUUUGCUUGAGCUUAAUUACUUUUCCCUCAAAUCAUCUAUUUUUUUUUAAAGCAUAUGCUCCAGAAUACUCCUAAUGUCCCAAUUUCAGUGGAAGUGAUAAUACUACUAUAAACGAAAGUGAGCGAAAUGUUAAACAAAGCUUGCAAGAGCAUUCUGAGUAAUAUAAGAAUUGAUAAAGCCAUUCAAGAGUCGCCUGAUUUUAAAUGAAAGCAUUAACAUCACUUCCUUUGUUUUGCUGUUUUGCUGGUACCUGAACUCAUUACACUGAAAGGCUGCAGCCUCUGUGAUGUUCUAAUGCCAAACCCUGCAGAGCUGCAAACACAGCUCCUUCAGCUUGUCAUGAGAAAAAUGAGUAGAUAGAACUAUGAUCACUCUUAAAGUCAGUCUAUGAUUGUUCAGUCUCCAGUGACAUUGGUAAUGCUUUCUUGCAAACCAAAUGUUAUUUAGUCCAUAAAUUUAUAAGACACGGACCCAUCCUCACACAAGUGAAGCAAUCCUUUAAGUUGCUUUAGCCUAAACUGCUUUUGUGAGUGCUGCCUACAAACCCUUAAUUACCAUACCUGAUGACAAUGACCUUUAUUUUUGUAAAAGUGAUUUUAUCUUUCCUAAGAGAUGGAACUCAUUUAGUUAUUUUUGUGGUGAUAUUUUUCAUGCACUUUUUUUUAAUGAUUAGAAGUUAUUUCAGGUCCAUGUUUUCACCUUUUUGAUCUAUGCAUGUCAUUGAGGAUCCCAUUUCGUUUCUGUGUGCGUGUGUUUGUACGUGGUUAUUUAUUACCCAGAGAGGGCCACCCAAGAAAAUACUUGGCCUGAAGAGUUCAUGGCUUGUGCAGAUCCUCCAGAUGUCAGUGGGAAAGAUGAGUGCUCAUCACCUGUGAGAGUGGGGCCACUGGUAUUAGAUUGAAAUACUUGAGAUGGGAUAGAAUAAUUUUUUAUUUCAAAAAGCAGAUCCAAACCACAUUCUAAUCCUGAUGCACAUGUGUGUAAAUAGAAGCAUUGUUUUACCUUUUUUUCAUUUCUAGUAUGUAUUUGAUUUAAACUCUGAUUUAGAAAAUUUUGUAAUAAGCCAUGUGCUAGCUCUGGUAGAACAAGUUUGUCCUUAGUUUCUCCUAUAAUAUUCCUGGUAUUCAGAUUCUGUCUGUGUAAUGUUCUUACUCUAUAUUUGUCUGUGCAAUAUAAAAGCUGUGACUUGAUGCACAGCUUGAGUCUGGUUGUACAUCACCUAUGUAUAUAUAUACAUAUAUAUACAUAUAUAUAUAUAUAUAUAUAAAAGGACCAGAAUUCCGAGCUUGCUUACACUAUGAUUAGUGUAAAGAUUGCCACACUUCAUUUUACAGGGCACAAAUAAUCAGGGAAUGGCUUUGUAAGUGCAUGGUAAUUUCUACCAUAACCUGCUGUGCAAUCUCACAGGUGACAUUUUAUUAGUGCUCUUUGUCUUGCUAGAAGAAAUACUAACCUGCAGUACUUGAUAAGAUUAAAGGGUCCUGGAGUAGACUUGGGGCUACAUGGAAAAUCCAUAUCUGAUAUUGCAUAUCAUACAGGGUUUUCAAACCAUGUCCUCAAUGUUUUCUGUGCCCUGUAAAAUAGUGUAAUUAUAUAAAAUAUAUACUCCUUGUUUUGCCUCCUGCCUUGUUUACAUUAAACAGAGGAUAUUCAGUAAAAUUUUUCUAUUAAACUUUGUGUAGGUCACUUACUAACAGUGUUGCCAAGGUUUCACAGAUGUGGGAAUUUCCAAUGAGGAAUUGUUGAAACAGCCACAUUACCAGACAUACAAUAUUAAGUUUUAUGAAGGAGGUUGUGAUAAAACUCAACUUUUUGUGCUAAAAAAUGCAUGGAGGAUUAAAAGGGAUAUUCUCAAAAUAAAUUAAUUUCAGUGGAGCGACUGCUUCUAUUACUGCAGAA